CUGAACUGGUCUUUCAUUAUCUUUCCUCCCCCAAUUCUUAAAGUAUAACGCAUGACAGAUUUCAGAUUGAAUACAUUUUCCAUUUGCUGAAUCGUUGUUUUGUUCAUAGCUGUUUGAGGUUAACUCUGCACGUAUUAAUCAAACCCACUACUUCCCUUCUUGUAAAACCAAAACAAAGUCUCAUGCACUUUCGGGUACAGAGUGUAUGUAUUUGGGAUCAAAGCUAUAUAUACACACACUGAAUCUGUGUGGGUUCAAACAUUUCGAGGUUCAGUAUCCUGAAAGGUCUUGCCCUUUUCCCUGCAGUUCUGAUUAUAAAUCUGAUUUAAUUCCAUCUGGACUUGGCGUUAGAAGGCAACAGGCAACUUCAACUUUCUAACGUCUGUCUCUUCGCUGGAAUGCUCACGCUAUUGAUCACCAUUGGCUUCCUCAGCACAGCCACUGGCAUCGCCAAAGCUCUCAAAGUGACCCAGCCAGCAGCGGUGUUGGCCAACAGGCAAGGAGUUGCCAAUCUGGUGUGUGAAUAUAAGCACAUUGGGAAUGCAGAGGAAAUCCGAGUGACCCUGCUUAAACAGACAGGCAAGGAGUACACCGAGAUCUGUGCUUCAACCUACACAACUGAGUACCAGAUGUUCAUUGUGGAAAAGACCAUUGAGUGUCAUGUCAGCCCCAGCCAAAACAAUGUGACCCUCACUCUCAUGGGGCUGAACGCUACUGACGCUGGUCUAUACAUCUGCAAGAUGGAGCGACUGUACCCACCACCAUAUUUUAUGAACACCGGCAAGGGAACACAGCUCUUUGUCACUGAUCCAGAGCCCUGCCCAGACACUGACCUGUAUCUCUGGAUAUUGGGAGCAGCUGCUUCAGGAUUGUUUAUUUACAGUAUCUUCAUCUCAGCCUGUGUCCUGAGCAAAGCGAUUCGGAAGAGGAAGUAUCUCACUACUGGGCUCUAUGUGAAAAUGACUUCAGAGGAAGAGAAGAAAGUUAAGCCGUAUCACAUUGUCAUUCGCUGAAGCACAAGAAAACAGCACAGGGCAAUUUUCCAGCUGUGAUGGAGAUUCUACUUAUUUGACUUUCUAAUUUAAACAAAUAAAAUCAAAUUUCCUAAUAUAAAAGGUGGAGGGGGAGAAAAGAACAUACCCUGUGAUUUCUCCAGCAUGUCUACAGUUUGGAAUAGAAUAGAUUAAUGAGAAGGUUAUGCAUUAAUAUUUCAAGGAUACGCCUGUCACACAAAUAUGGCUACCUUUUGGUCAUUGAUUCUGAGAGUUAUAUUGUACCAUCAUGUAGCCUAUAUGUAGCAUUAAGAGCUAUUACUGUUGCAGUCAAAUGUCUUGCUGUCAAACUUCAGCAUAUGUGUUGACCAAUUGAAAUCAAACACUAUUAAGGCAGAGGCUUGUGUGUCAUCGCAAAGUUAAACAUAGGUACCGGUAUUUGUGAAACUGAGAUACAUUCAUAUAUAAAGGAGUGUUGAUGUGUUUCCAUGUAGCGCUGUGCAUUUGGUGCCAUUUCUUGUGUUAGCGCUUAGCAUUCCCAUGGAAGCACCAGCCGAGGCUGGCGAUGACACUGCUGCUGUGAAGAGCUGAUCUCAGCAACUUUUCUGCCAUUGUCACAGCAAUGCUGUGCAGGAGUUAACACGGAUGGCAUUUGAGCUAGCACUGGGUGGAACUACUAGAAAGAAAAGGUCUCACAGUAGGAGCCUUAUUAGCCUAUUGCUGUGAGAAUGCUCCAGCUCUGUUGGAGUCUUGCUUUUUACGAAAUGCUAAAUUAGCAUCAAUCCAAACGGCAGAAAGUCUGGCGCUGCAUUUAAAGAGACUAUUUUCCAUGAAAAUGAAAAAAGUGUAUAAGUUUGU